GAGCGGAACAGGGCUUGAAGCCCUUGUCAAGGUACGAAGGGACAAUGUCAUAUGGUAUGAAGUUCAACACCGCAGCAACCAGUCGCAUUCUCAUCAACGCACAGUUUAUCAAUCCCAUGCCACUGCAUGUAUUCAACGUGCCUGUCAUCCUAGUCGACCCUCAAUCCACUCAAUCUGCCAGACAGUGUGGCAUGAUGGCUUGCACAAACAGGGCUGCUGCAACCCUGGCUUGUCGCACCGGGAACAACAGUGGCUUUGGCGUUGGUGCCUAUGUCGCCAGUCGCUCCGCCAAAUACGGCAGACUCGCAGAAUCCAACAGUUAUCAAUGCGGGCCACCAGGACGCUGGCUCGCCACAGACACAAGAACGGCCAUUGCUGCGAGGGAUGCAACGCUGACUUCUCAGCUCCCGGCAGGGAAAUCAGCUCGAGACGCGUCGCGAGAAAGAAUCUCAGCCAUCGACGCAAAACACACUUCCUCUCAGACCGCAUCGCUACUUCUGCGGGACCGGCACGCGCGGCAGCACACCUACCUGCGCAUCUCGCUAACCGAACGCUGCAAUCUGCGCUGCAUUUAUUGCAUGCCCGAAGAUGGCGCAACAUUGACACCGAGCCCGGAACUGCUGACUGCGCAAGAGGUGCAGAGACUUGCGACACUCUUUGUCAAAAAUGGCGUGGAGAAGAUCAGACUCACUGGCGGCGAACCGACUAUUAGGCGGGAUCUCGAGGAUAUCAUCGGAUCUUUGAAUGAGCUUCGAUCGAUGGGAUUGCGCUCAAUAGGAAUGACUUCGAACGGUCUGGCUCUCGCGCGAAGGCUACCACGCUUGGUCGACCAAGGGCUUUCGCAUCUGAACCUCUCUCUCGACACCUUUGACCCGUUCAAAUUCGAGCUGCUGACGCGCAGGCCCGGCGGCGGGCUCGACGCGGUGCUCAAAACGCUCGAUGUUGCACAGAAGCUGGUGAGCGCUGGCGCGGGUAUGCAGUGUAUCAAGAUCAACGUCGUCAUGCUUAAAGGUGUCAACGAUAGCAAGGAGGAGAUCAAAAGCUUCAUUGAUUACACGCGCGACCACAACGUUGUCGUUCGCUUCAUCGAGUAUAUGCCAUUCGACGGAAACAGAUGGCAGACGUCCAAGCUGGUGCCUUAUCAGGACUUACUAGCUGUCAUUCGCGAAAUGUACGGCGACUUUGAACGCUUAGAAGACGAGGCAAACGAUACCAGCAAAGGGUGGCGCGUACCUGGUUACAAGGGAAGGGUCGGGUUCAUUACUAGCAUGACGGACCACUUUUGCAACUCGUGCAAUCGACUGCGCAUCACCGCUGAUGGGAACAUGAAAGUCUGUCUCUUUGGGAAUGCUGAAGUAUCUCUACGCGACAUCAUGCGCGGGACCGGGCCCAAUGGACAAGCGACGGAUGAAGAAUUGCUCAAGGUCAUCGGGGCGGCAGUAGGGAGGAAGCACGCAAAGCACGCCGGUAUGUCAGGGCCUGCUGAGCUUGCGCAACAGAAGAAUCGACCAAUGAUACAUAUCGGCGGGUGACUAGCUUUCGCUGAGGGGCGCGGCGGUCAACGUUCCAGGGCUUCCAGAAUCAACAGCUUUCCGAGUCACCGGACAAACCUUGCUCUCGCCGUCCGGGCCAGAUCUGCGUCACCACGA